ACCGUUAUUGGCAGCCAGAGUAUCAAAUAACUCCGUUGAAAAUCCCUUGAAUAUCCUCUCGCCCUCUCUCCCUCUUCCAAAUAUCAGAAAUCGAUUCUGCUAGUCUCAGGCAGUGUCCUGCGGUUGCCUUGUUUGUGAGGCUUUGAUGACUUCUUGAAGGGAGAUAAGUAUUGGAUUCUGUGGAGCCAAACAAGAAGGGUUUCUCAAACCAGAGAUGAAUUGCCUCUGCAAUGCAGCAGACAUUCUCCCUCCUAAGCCCACUCCUCUGCACUUUCCUUUUGUCCACACACCCAAAAACCUUCACCCUUUUACUGUCAGAUUCAACAUGCCAAUUGCCCCAAGAAAGACCCACAACCUAAUUGCCUCCCUCUCUCCUUCCCCCUCUCUCAGGCCCCUACCUUCAAACCCUAACAAAGGCAAGAGCUGGCAAAUAGAAGCCAUGCCUGCUGACAAUCUAGAUGUGGAUAUGGUAAGAAACAGUGACGGCGUUUGGACUGCCAGGCAGAAGAAGGUGGUGGUCCUUUGGGACCUUGACAACAAGCCCCCGCGUGGACCACCCUAUGAGGCUGCCAUGGCUCUACGGGACAUCGCUCAGCGCUUUGGUGAUGUUGUUGACAUCUCUGCCUAUGCUAACCGCCACGCAUUCAUCCACCUCCCGCAGUGGGUCCUGGAGGAGCGCCGUGACCGUCACCGCAUGGACAUCCUUGAGCGCAAGGGCCUUUCUGUCCCUUCUGAGCCCUAUGUCUGCGGUGUUUGUGGCCGCAAGUGCCGCACGAAUCUCGACCUUAAGAAGCACUUCAAGCAGCUCCACGAGCGGGAACGCCAAAAGAAGUUGAGCCGCAUGCGCUCACUGAAGGGGAAGAAGCGGCAGCGGUACAAGGAGCGGUUUGUAUCUGGCAACCACAAAUAUCAGGAGGCUGCCAGGGAGUUGAUCAAACCACGGGUUGGGUAUGGCCUGGCCUCAGAGCUGCGGCGGGCUGGGGUGUUCGUGAAGACAGUGGAAGACAAGCCGCAAGCAGCCGACUGGGCACUCAAGCGGCAGAUGCAACACUCCAUGAGCCGCGGAAUUGAUUGGCUCUUCUUGGUCUCUGACGACUCGGAUUUCUCUGACAUGCUUAGGAGGGCAAGGGAGUCUGACUUGCGGACUGUUGUUAUUGGGGAUGGGCGGAGGGCAUUGAGCCACCAUGCUGACAUCUGGGUUCCAUGGAUUGGGGUCGAGACUGGGGAGGUGGGUGAGGAGGACCUACGACCUCAAAGGAGAGAUGGACAAUCAGAGAGGGAGGAGGAUGGUUUCUUUUCACUGACACAUUUUGAAGGCGAGGAUGACGAUGAAGAGAGCGAUGCAGAUUGUGUUGUUGAUGAGAUUCUAGUUAGAAACUCUGGCUUUGGAAGUAUCAGGAUUUCAGCGUUUUCAGAGGAGGAAUGGGAUGGUGAAGAAUUUGACGAUCGGAGCCUCAGCUCGUCUUUUAUGGACAUGGAUUUGCAUUGUUAUAGUGAGGGAGAUGAAAGAGAAGAAGGGUACUAUUGAUCAAUGAAGGCAUUUGGCUUUUCUUUAGCGGAGGAAUCCCUUCGCGUCAUUCUUCUUGAUGAUCCUGCUGAUUCCCAGUUUGAACACUUUGCUGUUGUCAUUGUGAGAAGAUAGUAGAUCUUUCUGCUCAGUGCGAGAAGAGGCUAUCAUCCCCCAAUGCUUCUAUGAGUUUCCACUCCGCGGCUUGCGUUCACUGGUAAAAUUCGAGGUUUGCUAAACCCACAACCAUGCCUACCCCAGCCUCCAGCCCCUCUAUAUCUGCCAUAUUACACGGGCAAGAUCCAAGCUGCCCGUUAUAUGGGCCCUCCAUGUGUGGAUGCCCUGGCCCAAUAGUUAAACUGGUCUGCUCAUCAGGUGUGGCACAGAUGUGCUUUUAUGUGGGACAAGUGGAUAACAUUUUCACUGUAAUUUUGUUUUGGACAUUGUGGGGCACCCAAUGAGUAUCGCUGCCCAAUUCUUUGCCAGGGCACAGCCCCAACCCAACGGAUGGACUAGAUCUUGCACAUGCUUGCCACAUCAGGCCAUUUGGAGGAGACCAAUAUUCGGGGCCAUAGUUCUAAAACUGGCUUACUCGACUCAAAACUUGGCCAAGUCAACUUGACUCGGCGAGAUUUUGAUCUGAGUCAGUGAGAAACUCUCUUCAGUGUGACUUGGCCGAGUUUGAGAGAGACUUGUCGAGUUGAUUCGUUGGCUCGAUCAAUUUGAUGUGACUCGUGAUCACUCCUCUCCAAACUUUGUUU